AUGGAAGACUCGCUAUAUAAAGGUCUGGUCGACUUCGACUGCAAGUUGACCAAGAACAAAUACAUCACUCGCGACUGCAUCAACAAGACCGUCACUGCAGAGCGGAUCAAGGCCGAGCUACCUGAUAUCUGGGAUGACUCUCUUGUGACUAAAAUUGAACGUUCAAAGAAACUGAUUUCCAUCCUUGUAAAGAUAGACAAGAUCAGAGAGAUCAAAACUUUGCUCGGCAAUGGCCUCACCGACGACGACCUCCCGCUGGACCACAGGCAUCCCAAGAUGUCAUCUUGCUUUAAAGGUUGGACUCCUGUGGGCUACAAUCUUUUCUUGGAAAUGCAGUGGCGAGUCCUGGCACCGGUACUAGACUUUAAUACGGACAAGCCAACCGAUAUCAAGCUCCAACGCGGUUGUGGCCUGCCAUUUCAUUGCGAGAAAGGCAUCAAGACCCAGUCCAACAUUGUAUACAAAGCUACCCUGCAGCCAGGGCACUGGCGCGAUGAUAGCAGACAGGAUCCAUCGCCUGUUGCUAUCAAAAAAUUCAAUAAUGAGCUUAUGUUCAGAGAGGAGCAGAAUAAUCUCGAGCGGGCACGAGCUCUCAAGAGUUCGCACAUCACUCAACACCUCGCCGUCUGUGCAGAGGCCUCGAUCAUCAUAUUUCCCUGGGCGACUGGUGGCAGUCUCGAAAACUUUUGGCAGCGCGAGAACCGGUCUCAACCUGCCGAUCCGUCUUUGGUUCUUUGGUCACUGCGGCAGAUGGCAGGCUUGGCUGAAGGUGUGAAGAACCUCCAUACAAUCAACUGUCGCCACGGCGACCUGAAGCCAGGCAAUAUUUUGCACUUCUCGUCUACCAAUGACCCCCAGGGUAUUUUGCGCAUUGCUGACCUCGGCAUCUCCCGCUUCCACCAGGAUCCGACCACGAACCGCAAUAAGCCCACAGUAACCAAUGAAUCUACUCAAGCCUACGAAGGCCCCGAAGCGAGCAGACUCAGCGUUUCCAAGCCCCGUUCGCGCACUUUUGACUCGUGGUCCCUCGGCUGCAUUAUGCUCGAGUUUCUCAUCUGGCUGCUUGACGCGCAGAGUCUCAAGCGCUUCCAGGCCGCCCGUGAUGAUGGGGAAGAUCCAUUUUACAUCUUUGAAAAAGUUCCCAAUAAUUCGAACGCUGUGAAUCACCCGGCGGUCGACACGUUUUUGAAGGAGCUGCGGAAUGACCAGCGGUGCCGCGGUACUGUCAUCGAGCGGGUUGUCGACAUAGUCGACACAAAGCUGUUGCAGAUCGAGGCAGAUAAGCGCUCAACAUCGAAUGAACUGCACCAAGACCUUCAGCGGCUGAUUCGGCUUGUCCAGAACAAUAAACUCAAGCUCAUCAAUGUCGAUCCUUCAACGACACCUGCAUUGCCUACAUCCGAACCCACAUCUUCGCCACUGCCAUCAUUUCUGCAACCUAAUUCACAGUGGUGUGCCAUUUUGUAG